UUCUGAAGAAGCAUCACUUUCCAGAAUCGCCCCUCAGACAUCAACGACAAGACGAGACCCUGGGCAACCAAAUAGUGUGCAUUCGCAACACAUUCUGGUAAACCCUCAGUCUGAGACUUUUUUUUACGCAGCAAGUCUACUUUAAGGCCAACACAUUACAGGAUGUCUCUGUAUCCAUCCCUCGAGGACUUAAAGGUGGACAAGGUGAUGCGGGCCCAGGCCCAAGUCGCACAGACAAACACCACCCACGCUGCCAUGCCAGCGAUCACUGAGGGAGUUGACCAGCCGCAGCCACCUACUGCUGGGAUGCCUUCAUCUUGUUUGUAUCCAAAUCUGGAGGAGCUAGGAGAGUACAUGGGCCUAAGCCUCAGCAGUGAUGAGGUGCAGAAGAACUUGGCCUUGUUGCCUGUGUCCAACAAUCAAGUGGCAGUACCCUCCUACUCGGGUGUUGGAGGGAUGGUCUGUCCCGUGACGGGGACAGACGUCGGAAUUAGGAGGGCUGAGGUUCGUCAAGGGCUUCGAGAAAUUAUUCUCUGCAAAGACCAGGACAGCAAGGUCGGACUCCGCCUUAGGGCAAUUGACAACGGAGUGUUUAUCCAGCUGGUGCAGGCCAAUUCCCCCGCUGCCCUGGCUGGACUCCGUUUCGGUGACCAGGUUCUUCAAAUCAAUGGCCAGAACUGUGCUGGUUGGAGUGUUGAUAAGGCCCACAAGGCCCUAAAGGCUGCAGCAGAGACCCGCAUUGAGCUUGUGGUCCGGGACAGGCCAUUUCAGCGCACUGUCACCAUGCACAAAGACAGCUCAGGCCACGUGGGCUUCAUCUACAAGUCUGGUAAAAUCACAUCUUUGGUCAAAGAUGGCUCUGCAGCCCGAAAUGGCCUACUGACUGAACAUUACAUCUGUGAGGUCAAUGGACAGAAUGUUAUUGGACUCAAGGAUUCCCAGAUAAAGGAUAUUCUGAACACAUCCCCAACCGCCAUGACCAUCACCAUCAUGCCCAAGUUCAUCUAUGAGCACAUGAUUAAGAGGAUGUCCACCAGUUUGCUGAAGUCAGCCAUGGAUCACUCCAUUCCAGAGGUGUGAAGGUCAGGAGCGGGCCACCAAGAUAUUUCUGUCACCUCUUUUUUGCCUCCCUAUGCCUGUUUCUUUCUGUCUCCUGUAUCAUCAAUGCCUUCAUUGAGCAACAUAAUCUCACAUUGCCUUCGUUUUAUUUUUCAGUAUUUUUUUUAAUGGUCAUUUUAUUUCAAUCUAUCGUUUAUGAUUUACUCUUUCGCUGCUGACAAAUGCAGACUUUUAAAAAAACAAACAAAAAAAACAUUUUACAAUGUCCAAACUGAGAUGCAUGUUAUUUUGGCAGUCGAAAAUGUUUUUAAGCCAUGCACGCUUUUCGGAGCUUCCUCCAAGCAAAGGAGCAAUCUUUCAUUCCCUUCCUCUUCACUUCGUCGUCCAAGAUGCUGUAACAGUCAGCCGCCUGAGCCCUACAGAUUAUGUGUGCCCGGGAUCUGUGUUAGCUUAAAAUUAUCUGGCGAGUAGGUGUUCUUAUUUAGUCAGUGCAGCCAGUAGAUUUUGGCGAUAUUUUGGGCCAAAGUUAGGGCAUAACAUUUUAAAAAAAGAGAUGGUGUUGUCAGUGGCUGCGUUUUCAUGCACAUUAGUUAAUUCGAAAUUAUUUUGGUAAUAUCAUAAAUGAGACGCAAUCUCUUAAGAGUCUUGUAGAUUUUGGUGAAUAGUAAAUAUGAAAAGAACAACUCCUCUGCUGUUUUACAUCUUACAAAACGUAUUCAAAUAGCAGUAGCAAGAUAAAGAACGCCAGUUUACACACAGAACAGUUGUUAUAUUGGUCUAUGAUAAAAAAUUUAUGUAAAUGUCCAAAUCAGCAAGUAAGAUCUCUAUCCCAGUUUUAUGAUACGUAGCGUUAGCCUCGCCAAACUAAGUGGCAUUCUUGCAGGCAUAAUCCAAAUGGCACUGUAAGGGUCAUGCCUGAGUUAGAAUCUUUGCCGUAGCCGCUUAAGUGUUGUCCAUGGAUUAACAGCCAUAAAGAUGAAAGCUUCUAUAUGCUUGCUGCCUGGACGAGCAAAUAGUCAAAAGUUGAUGACGGGCGUAGUUUCCACUAUAUUGGCAUUAGCUAUUCGGGCAAAGUCUACACAUUCCACAAACAGUCCAAAAUUCACAAGUUUUAGCCAGGAUCAUUGUGCAUUAUGGGAUAUGCCAUCAGAAUAGUUUCUAUGGCCGUUGCCCUAAACAAUCAUUUCAAGGGGAUUUACAGUACAAAUUGUUAGGGGCCGGGUAUGUGCUGGGUGGACCUACUAAGUGCACUUUCCACGACCUUAUUUUGAAUAUUAGUUGUCUUUCCUGUUUGCAUUUCAAAAGCCGUUUGUUUUGUAUUUGUUGAAAUCGUAUGUGCGGUGCUUCAUGUAAACAAAACCACCAUCUUAAUGUUCCCUAUGAGAAGCUGCUCAAAUUAGAUGGAAAAAUAUCAACCUUUCGAAUUGACGUGAGGUUAUAGACCUCUUUUAUCUCCUCUUUCGCUGUCCUAUUCCUGACUGAAAAGCACAGUGGAAGCAAGCAGCAUUCAGCUCAUGUUCUUUUUUAAAAAAAAUUCUGUCAAGUUGCUCCUUUUUGGGUGCAUGUAUCAUUUCCUGAUUUUCUGGGUAUGCAAUCUGAUAAAUAUCCUUCGCAUUCUGUAUUAAAAAAAAAGUUUAUAUAUGAAUGUAACCAAGAUAAUACUAUUGUAAAACAAAUAAACAGUCCUUCUGUUCACAUCCUCUCAGCGGAUGUUUUUGU